GGAUUUACAGAAGGUAACAGACAGCAGGUAUUAGGUGGUUUCCCUCCCCUUACGUAGAGUCCCCUUAAAAAUGGAAUUGCCAUACGCGAUGUUUCCUUCAAGUUCACGUUCGAGUUCUUCUCCAUGUCCAGGUUCAGACGAUCACGAUGUAACCACUGAUAGUGAUAAUGUAAACGAGUUCGGAAGACCAGCUACCAAGCGAUUGGCUUCCGGUAACUCUCCAGGAACGAAACAAUUUUUAUCGGAAUGGGUAGGCGAUUGGAAAAGACGAACAGUUGAGCAUCAUUUAAACAUUUAUUAUGAAAAGAAUUAUUUGGAUUGUCCCCUUGAUGUGCUUAAUAAAGUAGGAAAUAUUGAAAAACUGUCCGAUGGACAAAUGACAUACGUUUCUAUGGUGACUUCUUAUUUACAUUUCGACGCAGAGAUGCCAAAGAAGUAUGCACCACCGUAUGCCUUCUAUAGUCAAGAUCUCAAACCAGUAUUUGAUGACAUUCUGGAGAAAGUGAAGACAACACCUGUGGAAGAAGAAAUACAAUUUUCGUUUGCAAGAAUUAAAGUUCAUAGAUUUAUAAAAGAACUUCGAAGACUACUGGAAGUAAUAGAAGAAAAGAAGAAAACAUAUGAUGUUACUUUUAAGGCAAACUAUUCAAGGCUUCUGUGUACUUUUGCUGAAAUGUGUUGUUUGGAAGCAGUGUUGUGUACAUCUGAAGAUCAGACCAUUUGGAAAAAUUUAAGAGGGCGGCAGAUUACAUCAAAACCAGAUUUUCGUUUCUAUAAAUGUGGAAUUCUUGAAUCAGCAUCAGAUGUUGUGAUAUCUGGUAUUGAGGUUAAAAGAGAUUUUGAAGAGUCAUCAGAACGAUCAAAAAGAAAAAAAGAAUUGAGUGAACCUUCAAAGAAAAAGAUGAGAGUUUGCAGUGCAUCAUCCUCUUCCUCUGCCAGCAGUAGCAGUACACAUUCAAAAACAAGGUCUACAAAAUCAAGAACAAGAAAACCACAGGUAGAACUUGUUGAAAAACCCCAAAUAGAACUUGAUUUAAAUAAAAAAGUACUGGGACAGCAUGCUGGAGAACUUUUGUUAGAUCUUGAUAGAUAUCGGGUGUCUAAUGAAAAAUUAGCUGAUUUAAGUAACGUACUGACUAUGCCUGGUAUGAUACUUGAUGGAACUAAGGUAUUUUUUACAUUGUUAGAAAUGACUGUAAAACAUCACACAAGGUUACAUUACAAUCAGAAAUUAGAGGAGGAUGACAGAGCCACAGUGUAUUAUUCAAGACCCCUUGACAUUUUGAUAGAAAAGGACAGACAAAUCUUGAUAGAGAAUUUUGUAAGACUCAAUAACAUUCCUUAGGGAAAUAGAUGAAUUACCUAAAAUGACAGAGCCACAGUUUAUUAUUCACGACCCCUUGACAUUUUGAUAGAAAAGGACAGACAAAUCCUGAUAGAGAAUUUUGUAAGACUCAAUAACAUUCCUUAGGGGAAUAGAUGAAUUACCUAAAAUGACAGAGCCACAGUUUAUUAUUCAAGACCCCUUGACAUAUUGAUAGAAAAGGACAGACAAAUCUUGAUAGAGAAUUUUGUAAGACUCAAUAACAUUCCUUAGGGGAAUAGACAAUGAUAGAUGAAUUAAUUGAAAUAUGUAAGAAAUGUUUUAUUUUAUAUUACUUUACAUUGUUGUAUUUUUAGCUCACCUGGCCCGAAGGGCCAAGUGAGCUUUUCCCAUCACUUUGCGUCCGUCGUCCGUCGUCGUCCGUCGUCUGUCGUCCGUCGUCCGUCGUCGUUGUUAACUUUUACAAAAAUCUUCUCCUCUGAAACUACUGGGCCAAAUUGAACCAAACUUGACCACAAUCAUCAUUGGGGUAUCUAGUUUAAAAAAUGUGUGGCGUGACCCGGUCAACCAACCAAGAUGGCCGCCACGGCUAAAAAUAGAACAUAGGGGUAAAAUGCAGUUUUUGGCUUAUAACUCAAAAACCAAAGUAUUUAGAGGAAAUCUGACAUGGGGUAAAAAUGUUUAGCAGGUCAAGAUCUAUCUGCCCUGAAAUUUUCAGAUGAAUCGGUCAACCCGUUGUUGGGUUGCUGCCCCUGAAUUGGUAAUUUUGUGGAUAUUUUGCAGUUUUUGGUUAUAAUCUUAAAUAUUAUUAUAGAUAGAGAUAAACUGUAAACAGCAAUAAUGUUCAGCAAAGUUAGAUUUACAAAUAAGUCAUCAUGACCGAAAUGGUCAGUUGACCCGUUUAGGAGUUAUUGCCCUUUAUAGUCAAUUUUUAACCAUUUUUCGUAAAUCUUAGUUAUCUUUUACAAAAAUCUUCUCCUCUGAAACUACUGGGCCAAAUUAAUCCAGACUUGGCAACAAUCAUCUUUGGGGUAUCUUGUUUUAAAAAUGUGUCUGGUGACCCGACUAUCAAAUCAAGAUGGCCGCCACAGCUAAAAAUCGAACAUAGGGGUAAAAUGCAGUUUUUGGCUUAUAACUCAAAAACCGAAGCAUUUAGAGCAAAUCCGACAUGAGGUUAAAUUGUUUAACAAAUUAAGAUCUAUCUGCCCUACAAUUUUCAGAUGAAUCUGACAACCCAUUGUUGGGUUGCUGCCCCUGAAUCGGUAAUUUUAAGGAAAUUUUGGUGUUUUUGGUUAUUAUCUUGAAUAUUAUUAUAGAUAGAGAUAAACUGUAAACAGCAAUUAUGUUCAGCAAAGUAAGAUUUACAAAUAAGUGAACAUGACGGAAAUGGUCAAUUGACCCCCUAAGGAGUUAUUGUCCUUUAUAGUCAAUUUUUAACAAUUUUCAUAAAAUUUGUAAAUUUUUAUUAACAUUUUCCACUGAAACUACUGGGCCAAGUUCAUUAUAGAUAGAGAUAAAUGUAAGCAGCAAGACUGUUUAGUAAAGUAAGAUUUACAAACACAUCACCAUCACCAAAACACAAUUUUGUCAUGAAUCCAUCUGCUUCCUUUGUUUAAUAUUCACAUAGACCAAGGUGAGCGACACAGGCUCUUUGGAGCCUCUAGUUUAUACUGCAACUAGCUGUGUGUAUUUUUUAAAUAUAGUAAAAGCAUUAUUUUGUAUCAUGUCAAUUUUAUCAUGAAAUACUUUCUCAACAAUCAGGGGACCAUUAAUGGGUGAAAAUAAGUUUGAAAUUUGUGUAAGGAUUUAAAAAGCUAUCAAUGUAUUCAUUUAAUUUGCAGUAUCAAAAAAAAUAUUAUAUAGCAAACCUAGCAAAAAACUACAUAAAAAUAUGAACUUUUUUGUACUUUGCACAAAACUGGAGAAGGGCAUGGUAGAACAUCGCACUUCCCUCGUUUCUCAGCCUCAUACAAAAAAGUUAUAUUUUCCAGACAUUGACCUAAUGUUGUAUAUAUAUUAAAAUGUGUUUGAUGUUAUGGUUUGUCUGGAGACAAAAUGUUAUUUAAUUCAAUGCAGUACCAACCACAGGUUAUAAUGCAGCCAAAUCAAACACUGUGAUUUCGCAAUGUUGCUUAUGAUAAGCAUAAAAAAUUUGUGAAAAAUGUC